AACAAAAUCACAAAGGAGAAAGAGAAAGAAAAGCUCACUAGAAGAAACAAUGGCUGCCCAAAAAAUCAUCACAAUCCUAUCCAUCAUCUCCUUCCUCCUUGCCUCCAUAUUCCGAUCUUCCGAUGCUGCCGGUAUCGCCAUCUAUUGGGGACAAAACGGCAACGAGGGCUCUCUUGCCUCCACUUGCGCUACUGGAAACUACCAGAUCGUCAACAUAGCAUUUCUUUCCUCCUUCGGUAGCGGCCGAACUCCGGUCCUCAACCUCGCGGGUCAUUGUAACCCUAAUAACAACAAUGGUUGUACCUUCUUGAGUAGCCAAAUCCAAUCUUGCCAAAGUCGAGGCAUCAAAGUCCUUCUCUCCAUUGGCGGAGGCGCAGGGAGUUAUUCACUCUCCUCCGCCAAUGAUGCAAGACAAGUUGCUAAUCACAUCUGGAACAACUACCUCGGUGGUCAGUCAAACUCACGACCGCUCGGCAACGCUGUUUUGAACGGUGUCGAUUUCGAUAUCGAAGCUGGCUCUGGCCAGUUUUGGGAUGUAUUGGCUCGAGAACUGAAGAACAAAGGCGGAGUCACUCUUUCUGCCGCACCCCAGUGUCCGAUCCCCGACGCGCACUUAGACGCUGCCAUUAAGACAGGUUUGUUUGAUUUCGUUUGGGUUCAAUUCUAUAACAAUCCGCCAUGUAUGUAUGCAAAUGGAAACGUCAACAAUCUCCUGAAUUCUUGGAACCGGUGGACGGGGUUUCCGGUUGGGAAGCUGUACAUGGGACUACCGGCGGCAUCUGCAGCUGCACCGAGCGGCGGUUUUAUCCCGGCCAACGUGCUUAAGUCUCAGGUUCUUCCAAGGAUUAAAAGUUCUGCCAAGUAUGGAGGAAUUAUGCUGUGGAGUAAGGCAUUUGAUAAUGGCUACAGUAACGACAUUAAAGGAAGUCUUUGAGCUUCUUCUCUUGAUCAUCAAUAAACUUAUUAGGCCAUGAAUAAUUAAAAUAUAAGAAAUGGAAAAGAAAAUGGGAUUUGUUGGCCCAUUUAUAUAUUUAUAUCAUCACUAUGAUGCAAUAAAAUCACUUCUUAUUAGAGUAUAA